AUUGCUGCCAAAAAUGAACAAAAAAGAAACAUUAGAGUUGAUAUAAAGACUUUGCUUUCAAAACAUGACAUCAUAACACGAGGAUUUUUUUUCCCUAUUGCAGCAUUAAUGUUGAUUUUCGCAAAAGAACUACAUAUAUUCACCUGUUGCAAACACAAAAAAUCAUUGUGCCCAAAAUUCAAGAUGAGGGCAAACAUAAUUUUACUUCUUGUGGUUGUUGUUGCGACUGUUUCAUCAAAAAGUGUGUACCUUUCCAAAACCGAGCAAGGAAACCAGAACAUACCUUUACAGCGAAGGGAUAAUGCGAAUCGGGCUAUUCUCGAAGAAACCUUAAAGGAAAAUGUCGAAAGAUUGCUUGAAGAUCUUAGAUCAGAAACUGGGGAGGUUUCAGAAGAAUCCGAGACAGAAGAAUCAGUUUCAGAAGAAUCAAUAGAGGAAGAAGAGGAGGAAGAGACAAAAAGAUCCGAAACCGAGGAAUCCGUUUCAGAAGAAUCUAUAUCUGAAGAAUCAGAAACAGAAGAAUCUGUGUCUGAGGAAUCGGAGACAGAAGAAUCAAUCGAAGAGGAAGAAGAAGAGGAGGAGGAAGCCAAAAGAUCUGAAACGGAAGAAUCCAUUUCAGAAGAAUCCAUUUCAGAAAAAUCUGUGUCUGAGGAAUCGGAGACAGAAGAAUCAAUUGAGGAGGAAGAAGAAGAGGACGAAGUCAAAAGAUCUGAAACGGAAGAAUCCAUUUCAGAAGAAUCCGUGUCAGCAGAAUCCGUUUCAGAAGAAUCCGUAUCCGAGGAAUCGGAGACAGAAGAAUCAAUCGAAGAGGAGGAAGAAGAAGAACUGGAGAUGAAGAGGACCGCUAACUUGCUGAAGAGAUAUCUUCAAAAACUGGGAUGAGCAUCUGUUUGCAAAAGCAAUAAGUAAUCUCUUCUUCAUUUACUUUUUAUACUUUAAAAUUUAUACUUUCAUGUAAAAUUAUACUCAACCUGUACAAAUAUUAGUUAAUUUUAUUAUAGUUAUUUAGGUAUUGAGACGAAGUUGAACAACAAGAUUGUGUGAUACACUUAAUUUUUAUUACUCUUCUAUAUG